AUGGCCCACAUGUUAAGCAAUAAACGACUUGCAAUGUAAGCUGGUUAGUCGUUUUUUUGAAAACCUCGAAUGGGUGUGCAGUGCCCAACACCUAAGGUGACCGAUAAUUAAUGCUGUGUUUAUAAACGGCCAGAUCGCAGACGGUCAAAAUUUAAACAUAGCUACUCAGGAAAUCUCACACGAAUCACGAAAAGCCGUAGUGAAUGCUUGCGUUAUCAUUAUAAACAUGCGUAUGAUAGCAUAGGAAUUGCAGCUUAUAAAAAUGUCACCCUCUGUACGUCCACAACUUCAAUAUGUUGCUGUCCUUGAUCAAAAAGGUAUCGGGAAACUCAAGUGAACAUUAUUUUCGCUCCAGCGAUCGAAUGAUUCUCCUCACAUGAAAAUGACACUGCUAAGAAUGCUUUACUUCUGAAAAAUAAGUUGUUUCACUCUCCGAUGUUGCUCCUAGCCUAACUGGUAAUAUUCGAACACACAACAGCAAAGAGAGGUUUUAGUACAGCCAACGCUCUAGCCACCUGAGAUACGUCGCCCCACCGGACGACGCGAGUUUAAUUACAUUUGCGUCAAGUUUACCCGUUCGAUCUACUGCACCGUCUUUAAUCCACCUAAUCUGAUACAGUAAGCUGAAUUUCCAAGCAGGAUUUAUUAAUUUAUACGCCUAGAAUCCACCAAAUGGCUACGAGUCUCACGUAAUUCAUAGGUAUUAUGGCAGAUACGGUUAAGGUAGCGUCGUCCGAUGGAGCCUCUUAGCACGUGUGACUAGAGCGUUGGCCAUACUAAGGCUUCCCCACCGAGGCUCCGAGUAUUUCAUAUGCGUAUCAAAAUGACUCGUCUGUGUACUUGAGUUUAAUACGGCAAUAUUGACAAUAGUCGGCCAAGCUGAAAUAGGCUCGUCUUGUCAGUCAAAAUAAGGAGGUAUGGGUUACUUGACAAAGUUAAACCCCUGCUGUCGUGGGUUCGAUUCCCAUCGUGUCACCGAGGGUUUACAGUUCGAUUGCGGUGGAUACGUGAGUCCUUAGGAAAUAUAUUCUGUAAGCUGAGGGGGCUCUCGGUUCUGACGGAUAGGCAGUUUAAGACUGUAGAGUGGUUAUACCUUCAGGUGUGGCACAACACUGACAUGUCAGGAAAAUUCCCUGCAAGCUGGUGGCAAACAUGCAGAUCUGUAUUUCGUUUUACGAAUGUUGCACUGAUUGAAUUAGAACCCCUGUCAUCAUUAUUCACAAACCAAGUGACAGACGAGAGCAGAUCACGCCACUCUGGGUGCAGCGAUGUGCACUAAAAUUUACUGAUCCGAUGCGGAGGGAGGGAGCUGGCUGGGUGGGGUUUCGUAUGUGCAGAUUGCAGGCGCGCUGGUGUUGUGUGUUAUCAGGGUGGGGCAUCGAUUCUCGGGAAAGAAGAGGAUGACGCACUCUCUACACGAACUUCUCUUCAGUCUCACAGCGUUUGGAGCCCUGAAUUACGCUAGCCCUUCGCCAAAGCUUCAUGUAGCCAUAGGUGAUCGAGAUGGUGGUGUGCAAUUUCUGUCUUUCAGCGGCUGUACGUUACACUAAGUCUGCUGUAGAGCGUGAUGUCGAACAGGGUUAGACAAUCACCGGUCAAAAUCGCACUGCAUGAAUAUUGUACAGGCUUAUGGUUUGAUCUUGGAAAGGAUAAGCGACGGUGGCGUAAGUGACAGAGUUAGAGCGAGAAAGUUUAAAUCAGAUGAUGCGUCGGCUCCAUGGUGGCAUGAGGGCACGAGGCCCAGACAAUGGGGCCUGGCAGGAGACCAGAAGUUAAGCUACCCCCAGGUAAGCUGAAUAUUGCCUUGUUGUCUUUGCCUGCUCGCCAUCUCCAUUCCAGGAACGAGCUAGCUCAACGGCUAGACAACCUUCCUAUCGCUGCUGCCGCCGCCGAGGCCGUCGAUCUCGCUGACGAGAACGCCUCCGUUGAGAACCGCUGGUGUCAACUGCGGGAUACAAUCCAGUCGACAGCGCUAGACGUCCUCGGUCGCGCAGGCCGGCAACACCAGGACUGGUUUGACGACAACGACGCCGCCAUCAGCAAUCUGCUCGUCGAGAAGAACCGCCAAGACAAAGCCUACUUAGAUCACCCCACUGCGGACAACAAAGCUGCUUUCUACCGCAGUUGCCGCCACCUUCAGCAACAACAGCGCGAGAUGCAGGACGCCUGGACUGCUCGCAAAGCUGAGGAGAUCCAAGGAUACGCAGACCGCAACGAAUGGAAGAACUUCUUCGCCGCUACUAAAACUGUCUACAGUCCGCCGACGAAGGGCACUGCUCCUCUCCUCAGCGCUGACGUUAGUACCCUUCUGACCGAGAAGACACAAAUUCUCCAGCGUUGGACUGAACACAUCCGAGGCGUCCUCAACCGCCCCUCCGCCAUCUUUGACGCUGCCAUCGACUGAUUACCGCAAGUGGAGACCAACGUGGAACUCGACCUCCCGCCAUCUCUGCAGGAAAACAUCACGGCCGUGCAGCAGCUCUCCAGCGGGAAAGCACCCGGAUCGGACGCAAUCCCUGCUGAGAUCUACAAGCACGGCGGUCGCCAACUGAUGGAUCACCUGACUGCGCUCUUCCAGGAGAUGUGGCGUUCAGGUGAAGUCCCGCAAGAUUUCAAAGACGCAACCAGCGUGCAUCUCUUCAAGGGGAAGGGGAAUCGCCAAGUCUGCGACAAUCACCCUGGCGUCUCCUUACUGAACAUCGCCGGGAAAAUUUUCGGUCGCAUCCUCCUCAAUCACCUGAACAACCAUCUGGAACAGGGCCUUCUGCCGGAAAGUCAAUGCGGCUUCCGUCGUCAUCGAGGGACCACGGAUAUGAUCUUCGCCGCCCGUUAA